CCAUUAAAACCCAUCUCUCCUUUCUGCAACGCCCCCAUCCACCCAUUAUCCAUCCCACACGGAAACAAAACAAAAAAGAAAAAGAAAGCGCAGGAAGAGAGACCACCAGAGGAAGAUCGGAGGAAGACCACCGGAGGAAGACCGCUGGACGUGAUUGGACUAUGCUACUCUGUUUCAUGGAGCAAAUGGAUGUUCAUUGACUUCAUUCGGGACCUAUUUCACAAGAUGUUUUAGUUCUUGAACCCGGAUAACAUAGGUGUGAUGCGCUUAUUUCCCAACACGACGGGAAAUAAGGUUAAUUAAUUUGUAUCUGCUGGAGGUAAUCAUGGGUGACACAAACCUAGUGCCGGGUCGUGCCAUUGGUUCUGCAGUUCUUAGUUUCUUGUAUCGUAGUAUGUGUCGUGCUAGCAUGACACAUGCAGCACAGAUUGGAGGGUGUCUUGUCCUGUUACAGCUUUGGGCAUGGGAACGUCUGCCUGUGACUAGACCUAGGGGCGUUGUACCAUUGGAGCAGCUGGUUAAUGUCCCAUACACACUAUAUUGUAUGGCGGAUUGCCACCAGCGCCUUGAUCCAGUCUAUAAUCCAGGACAUAUUCGGAGACGGGUAGAUAGAAGGCGCAAUGCGGCUGCUGUUGGGGGCAGAUAUUGUCUCCGCCACCUACGAAGCAAUUUCUGGAACAAGUUCCGAAGGAAGAAGCUGCGGACCUUGAUGUACAAAGCUGGAGAGGCCCCAAGCAGAAGCGAGUUUGACCAUUUGCUUCUCCAAGUAGCGUCCAAAAAUCAAGAAGCUUACAACUGGCUUAAUGCUAUUCCAAAAUACAUUUGGGCAUUAUCACAAGAUAAAGGUGGUGCACCUUAUGGUAUAAUGACCACAAAUUCGUCUGAAAGCUUCAAUAAUAUCCUCAAGGGAUGUCGCUGUUGGCCCGUCUAUGCCAUUAUGAAAUUCACCUAUGAUAAAUUGGUCAAAGUUUUUGCUAAGAGGCGAACAAAUGGAUAUUACAUCCGUAUUGGUAGACCUAUGGCCUCCAUUUUGGAUAAAAUCAUCAUGACAAUGGAUGAUAUUUUGGACAAACUUCUUGGUUUGUUGAAGAAUAUCUUUUAUGGAAGAGUUGAGUUUCAAGACGGAGCCUGUAUAGCUUAUGAUCAUGUGGAUGAAAUUUUGAAGACGUUCCACUUAUUUCGUCAUCUUUUAGAUCUACCGUAUUCUGAUUCUGAGUUAUAUGCGUUCAAUGUGGAAAUCUCUUGCUCGAUACAAGAUUUGGUGCGUGGUACUCCAAUGGCAUUGAGUGAUAUUUCCUUGGAGUUAAAAAGUUUCAAAAUAAGGAUGAUGAACGCUAUAAGGAAUCUUCUCGGCAUUCCCAUUGCUCCACCUGAUCUAGUCCCCACAACCACUCUACACAAUCCUACAUCUACUGAUGUGGAGCGUACGAUUGGGGAUUCAGUGAGAGUUCCUGCAGUUGAUGCUGGUGGUGUUUCUGUUGAAGGUAUUGUUAAUGCCUAUUGAUACGCACGUAGAUGCACCAGGCUUAAUGAAGAUCUAUCAUCACG